AUUUCGUUUCGCACCCAGCUUCAUCUCCGGUAUCACACUGCUCGGACUACCGACUGAGGUGUAUUCUUUUGGUAUCCAGUAUGUGUACGUAGCACUGGGAGUCAUCAGCAUGGGUCUCGUAAUGGGAUUCAUUUAUCUGCCGGUGUUUCACAAGCUUAACAUCACAUCAACUUAUGAGUAUCUCGAAACACGCUUCGACCGGCGACUGCGGAUGUUUGGCUCAAUAAUGUUCACCAUCAUGAAUAUUGGCUACCUCCCGAUUGUUAUCUACGUUCCAGCACUCGCAUUUAACCAAGUGACCGGCGUGAACAUCCAUGUGAUUACUCCCAUUGUUUGUGUGGUGUGCGUGUUUUACACCUGUGUGGGUGGUCUGAAAGCAGUGGUCUGGACAGAUGUAGUUCAAACGUUUUCGAUGUUUGGUGCGUUGGUGUUGGUAGCGGUCAAAGGAACAAUAGAUUUGGGAGGCACGGAUAUAGUGUUUCGCAGUGCCUGGGACACCGGUCGGCUGGAGCGUCCUAACUUUGAUAUCAAUCCGACCACGAGGCACACCUUGUGGUCCCAGCUGAUCGGAGGUUUCGUGUAUUGGCUGCAAACAAAUGCGGUUAGUCAGAACAUGAUCCAACGGUAUCUGUCGCUCCCCUCGGUCAAAGCAGGUCGGAAGGCACUAUGGAUUUUCGUCAUCGGAGUCUGCCUGUUGAUGUCCCUUUGUAGCUACUGCGGUUUGCUGAUCUAUGCGACCUACCAAAACUGUGAUCCACUGACUACGAAGUUAGCAAAAGCGAAAGACCAACUUCUCCCCCUGUUCGUAAUGGACAUCCUAGGAGAGCUACCCGGACUUCCAGGACUGUUCGUGGCCGGAGUAUUCAGCGCAGCACUAAGUUCUCUAUCGACCUGCCUAAAUUCAAUGUCGGCUGUUAUUCUGGAAGAUUUCGUGAAACCCUUCGUCCAGAAGCCACUUUCGCAGAGAGCGGUCAACUGGAUCAUGCGCUCGGUAGUCGUUGGAGUAGGAGCUUUAUGUGCUGCUCUUGUUGUUGUGGUAGAGAAAAUGGGAACUGUCCUGCAGUUGACCAUGAGUUUGGAAGCUAUCACCAAUGGACCGCUGAUGGGGACGUUUACCCUUGGUAUACUGGUUCCUUGGGUCAAUUCUAAGAGUGCCCUCACCGGUGGAAUUGUUGGCGUAUUAUUCAUGUCUUGGCUAAGCCUGAAAGCGCAGUACGCAGUGGCUACAGGCGCAAUAGUGUUCCCGCACAAGCAAAUGUCAGUGGCAGAAUGUACCUACGAGUUUGACCGAUCGUUGGUGAAUGCAACCACCACAUCGCUAAUUACGGCUGAUGAAAUUUUCCCACUUUUUCGAAUAUCGUACAUGUGGUACACAUUUUUGGGAGCAACUGUAACGAUAGCAGUUUCUCUCGUGUGUUCCCUGUUCUUCGGGCAAAACGAUCCGAAAACAGUGGAUCCUGAUUUGAUGGCAGGAUUCGUACGGCGCUAUGUAUACCAGGACAGUGAUGUAGCUCAAACUAAAGACCGAAAGGUAGAGAAAAAUAACUUGACAAACAAUAAGGAUGCUCACGACGAAAUUGUGAAGGAAUCUCAGCUGUAGGAUGUCACAAUUUUGCACAUCAACUGAGUGGAGUUCUAACCUGAAAAUCAGUGUUCCUAUUACUGUCUAAGUAGAAUAGAUCAAUAGCAUUUUCUUGAAGUGUAGGUUAUGUACAGAGGAGGAAUUUAUGAUGAAUAUACAAAUUAAUAUGA